CGCGACUUGCAACAUUGAAACGCGUUCUUCGACCAAGAAGCUGUGACAAGCUGCAGAACUUCUUUCAAGUUUGUUUUGAUACCUACUAGAUCUCUCCCGAUAGUCUUUACAGUCUUCAUAGGCUGUGCCUGCUGCAAAUAUGGCCAUGAAUAUUGAUAUGUCACAAGCCUCUGUCAUCAAGGACGAGCAAGGCAGACCAUUCAUCGUUGUCCGAGAUCAAGGCAAGAAAAAGAGACAACAUGGUACUGAUGCAGUCAAGUCACAUAUCAUCGCCGCAAGAACAGUAGCCAAUAUCGUCAAGACCUCUUUAGGCCCCCGAGGCCUCGAUAAAAUCCUCAUUUCUCCCGAUGGCGAUAUCACUGUAACGAACGAUGGGGCUACGAUUCUGGGACAGAUGGAGAUUUCCAACCAUGUUGCAAAGCUUCUGGUUGAGCUCUCGAAAUCGCAGGAUGACGAGAUUGGUGAUGGAACAACUGGUGUCGUGGUUCUUGCAGGAGCUUUAUUAGAGCAGGCAGCAGAACUUAUCGACAAGGGAAUUCACCCCAUCAGAAUAGCAGAUGGUUACGAUCAGGCUUGUGAUAUUGCUGUUGCGGAGUUGGACAAGAUCGCCGAUACUAUCGAGUUCACCAAGACACAAAGAACAAAUUUAGUCAAAGUUGCGAGAACGAGUUUAGGAAGCAAGAUCGUCUCGAAGGCUCAUGAUCAAUUUGCCAACAUUGCUGUUGAUGCUAUUCUAUCUGUGGCCGAUCUUGAGCGCAAAGAUGUCGACUUCGACUUGAUCAAGGUUGAUGGCAAGGUUGGUGGGUCACUCGAGGAUUCUCUACUGGUACAAGGUGUCAUCGUCGACAAAGAUUUCUCCCACCCCCAAAUGCCCUCCGAAGUUCGCGAUGCCAAGAUUGCAAUUCUCACAUGUGCGUUCGAGCCACCGAAGCCAAAGACGAAGCAUAAGUUGGAUAUCACAACCGUGGAGGAGUUCAAGAAGUUACAGAACUACGAAAAGGACAAGUUCGCUGAGAUGAUACAACAAAUCAAGGAUACUGGUGCGAAUCUUGUCAUUUGUCAGUGGGGAUUCGAUGAUGAGGCAAACCACUUGUUACUACAGAACAAGUUACCUGCUGUGAGAUGGGUUGGAGGUCCUGAAAUUGAGCUGAUCGCUAUUGCCACCAACGGAAGAAUAGUGCCAAGGUUCGAGGACUUGUCAGCUGCAAAGCUUGGAAAGGCCGGAGUUGUGCGAGAGAUGAGCUUCGGAACGACAAGAGAGAAGAUGCUGGUGAUCGAAGAGUGCGCAAAUACCAGAGCAGUCACCAUCUUUGUGAGAGGUAGCAACAAGAUGAUCAUCGAUGAGGCCAAGAGAUCCCUCCACGAUGCCCUUUGCGUUGUUCGAAACCUGGUUAGAGAUAAUCGUGUUGUUUAUGGUGGCGGAGCUGCUGAAAUUGCAUGCUCCCUGGCUGUCGAGGAUGCAGCCGUCAAGUCUCCAGGCUUGGAGCAAUAUGCUAUGCGAGCCUUCGCUGAUGCGCUUGACGCCGUACCCAUGGCACUUGCAGAGAACUCCGGUCUGUCGCCAAUUGAGACUCUUGCUAGUAUCAAGAGUAGACAAGUUACGGAGAAGAACUCGAGAUUAGGUGUUGAUUGCAUGCAGACUGGCAGCAAUGAUAUGAGGGAUGCUUUCGUCAUUGAUCCUCUAAUUGGGAAGAGACAGCAGUUGAUGCUGGCUACUCAAUUAUGUCGUAUGGUGUUGAAGGUUAAUAAUGUCAUCAUAGCAGGCGACGAGAACGAAUUCUAAGGGCGAUUUGUACUAUUGUAGUUGACAGACGUCCAUUAGAAUAAUCUCGAAAAUGUCGAAUCCGGCAUAUAUUGCCUGGCUGUGAGGUGAUGCUGAAGCAUGUUCUUAUGUUGCGAGUGUGGAGCAGGACUUGGUUCCAACCAAUUUCAAUCUUGCCCGUCGAUGCUACAUUGCCCUGUGUAAAGCAACUUGUUUGAUUUGCGACGAUGUACUUGUGAUCUGGAAGCUGGCUGCACUCUGGCUGCACUCUGUAUGUCUCCUUGUUUUUAUGUCCUAGCGUGAUUGCAUUGUUGGUCAUUUCGAGAUUGAGGUGGCAAGGCUGAAGGCAUUCAACUUCAAGUAAACUUGCCCCAUGAUCGUGCUUAUCUCCUCAAACUAUUUGCAAAAAUAUGUUCCAAAAUGCGACAUGUUCAACUUUGGCAUGGUGCAGCAAAAUGCUGACUCUAGGACCACUGAUGUCAUAACGGCACUAGUCAAGAAUAAAAUUCUGUAGCGGG